AGGUCGAGGUCAUGAGAUCCGAGAUAAUGUAACUCCCCCUUCUCGGCCUUGGUUCCCCCUCGAGGGAAACUUCUCUGAUGGAGGAGUCUUGACUCUUCUCCUGGGGGAAUCCUUCUUUCAUGGAAAAUCUUCCAAGUAUUCCUUCUCGGGGGGAGGCUUCUCCUAG